UUGAAGCCUUCUCAAAGAAUAAAAUUUUGAGAUUGCUUAAAAUUGGUAAUAAGAAAUUUCCACAAGACUUCAUAAAUGGUGCUAUGCAACUUCCAAAAGACCUCAGUAGGGGUAAGGUGCAAUUUCCAGAAGGUCUUAGUUAUCUUUCUAAUGAGUUACGUGUUAUUGAAUGGCAUGGAUAUCAUUUAAAAUGCCUACCAACCAAUUUCCAACCAGACAAACUUGUUGAAUUGAGAAUGCAUUAUAGCGGCAUCAAACAACUAUGGAAAGGAAAUUUGAUAAGAUUAUUACUUAUGCAAAUGUGUAUUAUAUUCCUUUUCAUUAAAGCUUGACUUUAUCUAAUUAUUUAUUGGUUUAUAACAGAUUUUUGAUGAGUUAAACCUUAUAGAUCUCAGUGACUCUCAAAACUUGAUCAAGACCUUGGACUUUAGUAGAGUCCCAAAUUUGAAGCAGUUGAUUCUUCAACAUUGUAUAAGACUAUCUAAGAUUUAUGCAUCUCUUGGAAAUCUCAAAUGGCUUACUCGAUUGGAUCUAAAUGGUUGCAAGUGCCUUGAGAGCCUUCCACCCAAGAUCAACUUGGAAUCUCUUGAAAUUUUUAUUCUUUCUGGUUGUUCAAGACUAAAGAAGUUUCCAGAGAUUGUGGGAAAUAUGUCAAGUUUGUCGGAACUUUAUUUGAAUGAGACUGCCAUAAAAGAACUACCAUUGUCUGUGGAGCAUUUAACUGGCCUUGCUAAAUUAGAUCUAGGAGACUGCAAAAACCUUUCAAGUCUUCCAAAUGUUUGUUGUUGUUUGAUGUCUCUAAAAAUUCUCACUUUGUCUGGUUGCUCAAAAAUUAAUGAACUGCCAAAGAAUUUGGGGAAUAUCAAAGGUCUGGAGGAGCUAGAUGUGAGUGGAACUGCUAUAACAGAAUUACCUUCUUCGAUUGUUCUCUUAAAAAAUCUCAAAGUACCAUCUCUUUGUGGAUGUGAAGGCUUAUCAUCUAUGUCAUCAAAUAAACUCUUCAGUUUUACUUUAAUGCGAAAAAGAAGAGUAGAUCCCACGGGCAUGUUAGAGCGUUCUCUUUCUAAUUUAUGGUCUUUGACUAAAUUGAACCUAAGUUAUUGCAAUCUUCAAGCAAUCCCUGAUAGUCUUAGUUGUUUACACUCUUUAAGCCAUUUAGAUCUCAGGGCAAAUAUUUUUGUUGGCCUUCCCGAAAGUACCACUGGACUAUCUAAUUUGAAGUCUCUUUUUCUGAGUGGUUGCACACAUCUUCGAUCUUUGCCAAAGCUUCCAUUAAAUAUUCACGAUAUAUAUGCAGAUGGUUGUACCUCAUUGGAUACAUUACCAUUAAGACCUGACGCCAAUUUUCAUCCGUUUAUUCAUCUUGUCAAUUGUAUCAAAUUGAUUGACAAUCAAGACUACCCUGACAUAUGUUUAGCAAUGCUAAGAAAUUACUUACAAUCUCAGAGGAAAGUGAUAUGUUUUUUGUUCGCUAUUCCUGGAAGAGAAAUUCCGAAAUGGUUCACCCAUCAAAGCAUAGGGGCUUCAAUGAAUCUGCAAGUGCCUUCAAGUUUAUGUAAUAAAUUGAAGGGAGUCGCUGUGUGCGCUAUUUUUGUACUCCACCAGCAUCAUCCAUUUCCCCAACUUAAUUCAUUGUUUGAAUGGAGAAGUUAUAGAGGUACGCAUGAAAUUUGGUGUUCAUUGGAAAGCGAUAGAUUGGAGGUUAUGAAAUGCGGGGGCCGUUUGAUAUUCGAGCAAGACAUUGAAGAUCUAAACCAAACUAUGCCUAGGUGCAGCAACAGCAGCAGUUGUAGCAUCACUCCUUAUGAGGAUGAUUUUGAAGGUUCAGCAAAAGAUACCAAAACUAAGCGAAGCCGUGAUGACAAUGAUGGAACCAGUGGAGAAGGUACCUCUAAUGAGGUAGAUGUACCACGCCCAAAGAGGAUACAGCUCCCUAAUCUAAUUGAAAGAUUUAUUCCUCAUUUGGGAAAUUGGAUUGAAAAUUUAAGCACACAAGGACAAGGUAACACUGAUUGCGAAAAAGAGGAAUCCUAGUGAAAGUAGAAGCUUUGAUGAAUCUGUACAGCUGAUAAUUUCCUUUUUCUCUAAAGUUUUUUAAUUUGUGAUUCUUAUUUCUGCUAGUUGCCACCCUUACUGGAUACGAUUAUUGGACUUUGUAGUUUGUUGGCGAGGUGAGAUUCUCGCAUUGCCAGGAUCUGAGAAGAUAUGUACAACAGAUAGUAAGCUUAUCAUUUUUCUUCACUUAAAUUGGAAGGUAAAAUCAAUACUCUAGUUGCUCUCUCGGUAUUCACUACAAUUUUCCAACUCCAGUGUCGUAAAAUCAGAAGGAAAGAAGAAAAUUUGGGCCAGUUUUCACCAAGAGGUUGUUUUCUCGCAGGCUAGCCAUGUGAUUUUUCCCCCCCACUGCAUCAACCAUUUCAAAGGUGAAUUGAUGUGGCUGUCCCAUAUAUACGGUGUGUGUCACUUUCAUAUUGUUUGAAGCAGUUGCAUUGAAGCUUUUUAAUUGCUAGCUGUUGCCCAAGCUUGGCAGUGCAGUAAUGUAGGCUUUGUCUUAUAGCAUCAUGAUGAUAUGCAGAGUUCAGACAAACAGUAAGGCACUACAUGGCUUCUUUAUCUUACAAUUGGGGUCUCCUUUGUUAAUUGAUAAUUGAUAUUAGGGAAAGAAAUAGGCAAAAUUGUAAUGGUGAAGUAAGACCCAGUAGAACUAAAAGUUGUAAUCAGGAAUUUUAACCUGAAAUGCUAAUGACAUCUGUUGAUCCCAUGCUUGAAGAAAAGGUUUAACAAGUUGUAGAAAAGGCUCUCCUCUACUUGUACUGCCCUUUGUGACUUUUGUUCUCUUCCUCAGUUACUGGUUUUUUAGUAGAAAGGUAAGAUUUUAUACACUAGUGGAAAGAUUACAUGUAUAAAUAUAACUUUCUUCUACAA